GUUGAUAUUUGGAACUCAUGUCGAACAUCUAUGAAGAGAGGGUAACAAUGAUUGCAGCAGGGGAUUUGCAGGAGUUUGUCCCUUUUGGCCGUGACCACUGCAAGCACCAUCCUAAUGCGCUGAACCUGCAACUUCGGCAGCUGCAACCAGCCUCAGAACUUUGGUCGUCAGAUGGAGCUGCCGGAUUGGUGGGUUCCCUUCAGGAAGUUACAAUCCAUGAGAAACACAAGGAAUGUUGGCAGUUACGAAAGGGAAUAAGUGAUGCUGGAGAAGAAGUGGACUAUGAUGAAGAACUAUAUGUAGCUGGAAAUAUGGUCAUAUGGAGCAAAGGAAGUAAAAGCCAAGCUUCUGCUGUUUAUAAAGCUUUCACAGUUGAUAGCCCUGUUCUGCAGGCACUAUGGUGCGAUUUCUCUGUGCCCCAGGAUAAGUCUGAGAAAACAGAAGGUAUCAGUGAAGUAGUAGAAAAGUGUAUAUGCAUAUUGCAGAGCUCUUGUAUAAAUAUCCACAGCACUGAAGGAAAGGAUUACAUAGCUUCCUUGCCCUUUCAGGUAGCAAAUGUCUGGCCAACAAAAUAUGGCUUGUUGUUUGAACGCAGUAGUUCUUCACAUGAAGUGCCUCUAAAUCCAACUAGAGAACCUCUGCCUACCAUGUUCAGCAUGCUGCACCCAUUGGAUGAAAUAACACCAAUGGUUUGUAAAUCUGGAGCAGGCUUGUUUGGUUCUGCCAGAGUUCAGUAUGUUGCUGACUACUCGAUGAGUAUUGUUUUCCUCAAUGCUGAGCCUUCCAUCGUAAUGACAUAUGACUCCAUUCAGUGUUUGCAUACUAUCUGGGCCCUUCGUAGAGUAAAACCAGAGGAGCAGAGUGCAGUCUUAAAGCUUUCAGAACAAGUGGGGACCCCUCUGCAUGCAGCCACCAGCAGCUCUUUCACUGUCCAACUCAGAAGUCUGUCUAAGGGAGAUUCGCCUGUGGGAUCCCCUUUCCAGAAUUACUCUUCUAUUCACAGUCAGAGUAGGUCGGCAUCAUCUCCCAGCAUUCAUUCCCGUUCACCUUCCAUAUCCAACAUGGCAGCCCUCAGCCGCUCUCAUUCCCCUGCCUUAGGGGUUCAUUCUUUCUCAGGAGUGCAAAGAUUCAACUUUUCUAGCCACACACAGUCUCCAAAGAGGCAUAGCAUUUGCCAGUCUCCAAACAGCACUUCCACAGACUCCAUCUUUACACCAGAAACUGAAUUGAUCGUGCCAGAGCUUUGCAUAGACCACAUAUGGACUGAGGCUGUCACAAACACAAGGGAGAAAAACUCUCAGGCGUCCAAAGUAUUCAUUACGACUGACCUUUGUGGGCAAAGGUUUUUGUGCUACCUAGUGGAAUCCCAACUCCAGUUGCGCUGCGUGAAAUUUCAAGAGAGUAAUGACAUGACUCAAUUAAUUUUCGGCACUGUUACCAACAUCCAGGCAAAGGAUGCAGCUCCAGUAGAAAGCGUUGACACAAUGCUGAUUCUGGAAGGCAAUGGGAAUUUAGUUCUCUAUACUGGUGUGGUUCGGGUAGGAAAGGUUUUCAUCCCUGGUUUUCCUGCUCCAUCCCUGUCACUAUCCAUUUCAAACCAAAUGCCUUGCCCAAGCACUCCUUUGGACAAUAUCAACACUCCUUCCAAGCCUUUGAAUAAGCAUCUUGGUCCAUUUGAUGAGCAGGGAGUGUUGUCUCCUGUUCCAGAACUGAGGGAUUCUUCCAAACUUCAAGACUCCUCUUAUAUUGAUGACUGCACUUUCCAGCAGCUUGCAGCAUUUAUUCAUUCUGUGAGAGAUCCUGUCCAGAACAGAGUAACUCUGGACCUUAGUAAUGGCUCAAUGGUUAGAAUUACCAUUCCUGAUAUCGCAACUUCAGAAUUAGUUAAAAGAUGUUUGCAAGGCAUUAAGUAUAUCCUGCCCAAAGAAGUGGCAGUGCAGAUGCUCGUCAGGUGGUAUAAUGCUUACAAUGCACCAGGAGGACCGAGUUAUUACUCCGAGUGGAACUUAUUUGUCACCUGUCUCAUGAACAUGAUGGGCUACAACACAGAUCGAGUGGCAUGGACCCAGAAUCUUGAUUUUGAAGGCUCCCUUUCUCCAGUCAUUGCUCCGAAGAAAGCUCGACCCUCAGAGACAGGAUCCGAUGAAGACUGGGAAUAUCUGCUAAAUUCAGAUUAUCAUAAAAAUGUUGAGUCUCACCCUUUGGCCAAAACUCUGAAGCUGGAUCCACUGGAAAUGAAAUCCCCAAAGGACAAUCUUUUCCCUGGCCACAGCCUGGAUUCCUCUACUCUUCUCUUCCCCCAUAUCCCAACCAUCUUCUGUGUGCUUCAUCUAAUCUAUGAGGAACUCAAGUUGAAUUGUUUGAUGGGUGAGGGAAUUCGUUCCCUUGUUGUUCUGCUGGUUCAACUGGCACGGGAUUUAAAGCUGGAAGCUUAUCUUGAUUAUUACUGCCGGGACUACCCAGUGCUUGUAAAGACUUCCAGGCAGACUUGCAUUAUUGAUCCAGCCCAAAUAGGUUUCAUGCACCAUCCUUCAUUUUUUUCUGCCGAGCCUCCAAGUAUCUUUCAGUGGCUAAGCUCAUGCCUGAAGGGAGAAGAUGUACCACCUUAUCCUUACUUACCAGGAAUCUGUGAAAGGAGCAAGUUACUCGUGCUGAGUGUUGUGCUAUACAUAUUUGGUGAUGAAAGAGCUGUAUCAAAUGAAGCAUCCAACUAUUUGACUAAGAUAACUUCAGGGCAGCGGAAACAGCAAACAGAACAAGAAGAAUAUGCAUGCAGUUCGAGACACAAUACAUCUACCUCCAGCCUUGCUGAAAAGUUAGUCAUCUGGAUGACUAAUGUAGGAUUCACCUUAAGAGAUUUGGAGUCUUUGCCUUUUGGAGUUGCUCUUCCCAUCAGAGACGCAAUAUAUCACUGCCGGCAGCAGCCUGCCUCUGACUGGCCGGAAGCCGUGUGUCUUCUCAUUGGCCGUCAAGAUCUGUCCAAGCAGGUUUGUGAAGGGAACUUGCCAAAGUGUAAAGCGCCUGACACCCAGGUGCUCUCCUCAGAUGUGCCCUCUACGGCAGAGUCGGAAGAAGAGGACGAUGGCAUGAACGAUAUGAACCAGGAAGUGAUGUCGUUGAUCUGGAGUGAAGAUUUGAGAGUGCAAGAGGUGCGCAGGCUUCUCCAGAGUGCCCAUCCUGUCCGCGUCAAUGUUGUUCAGAUGCCAGAAGUAAGCGACCAUGAAUACAUUGAAGAAAAAGAAAACAGGCUGCUGCAGCUGUGCCAGCAGACCAUGGCGCUGCCCCUGGGAAGAGGAAUGUUCACUUUGUUCUCCUAUCACCCCGUUCCAACAGAGCCUUUGCCCAUUCCUAAGCUGAACCUGACAGGCCGAGCUCCUCCUAGGAAUACUACAGUGGAUCUUAAUAGUGGGAACAUAGAUGUGCCUCCUAACAUGGCUUGUUGGGCAAACUUUCACAAUGGUGUUGCCGCUGGACUAAAGAUAGCACCAGCUUCCCAAAUAGACUCAGCGUGGAUUGUCUACAACAAACCCAAAAAUGCAGAACUAGCCAAUGAAUAUGCAGGCUUCCUUAUGGCACUGGGUUUGAAUGGGCAUCUCACAAAGCUUGCAACACUCAACAUCCAUGACUAUUUGACAAAGGGCCAUGAGAUGACAAGUAUUGGGUUGUUGCUUGGGGUUUCUGCUGCCAAGCUUGGCACGAUGGACAUGUCAAUCACUCGUCUACUCAGCAUCCAUAUACCUGCUUUGUUGCCACCAACUUCCACUGAGCUGGAUGUUCCUCAUAAUGUGCAAGUGGCAGCUGUUAUAGGAAUAGGCUUGGUGUAUCAAGGAACGGCUCACAGACACACUGCUGAAGUUCUGCUGUCAGAAAUAGGGCGUCCCCCAGGACCGGAAAUGGAAUAUUGCACUGAUAGAGAGUCCUAUUCACUAGCUGCUGGCUUAGCUUUGGGCAUGGUUUGUCUGGGGCAUGGCAGCAACUUGAUAGGCAUGUCAGACCUCAAUGUGCCUGAGCAGCUUUACCAGUACAUGGUUGGAGGUCACAGGCGGUUUCAAGCAGGGAUGCAUCGGGAAAAACACAAGUCUCCGAGUUACCAAAUUAAGGAAGGAGAUACCAUAAAUGUGGAUGUGACUUGUCCGGGUGCAACUCUGGCUCUAGCAAUGAUCUACUUAAAGACUAACAACAGGUCCAUUGCUGACUGGCUUCGAGCUCCAGACACAAUGUAUUUAUUGGAUUUCGUGAAGCCAGAAUUUCUUUUAUUACGGACACUGGCUCGAUGCUUGAUUCUGUGGGAUGACAUUCUGCCCAGUUCUAAGUGGAUUGACAGCAAUGUGCCUCAGAUCGUAAGGGAGAACAGUGUAUCCCUUCAUGCAACUGAAAUGCCUUCAUCAGAAGAUCUGAACCUGGAGACGCUGGCGCAGGCUCAUGUCUACAUCACUGCUGGGGCCUGUUUGUCUUUGGGUUUUCGGUUUGCUGGUUCAGAAAAUUUGGCUGCCUUUAAUUGCUUGUACACAUUUGCAAAAGAUUUCAUGAAGUGCUUGUCCUCUGCUACAGCUUCCAUAGCAGGUCAUUAUAACCUGGAAACUUGUCUGAGUGUGGUGCUGCUCUCCUUGGCGAUGGUAAUGGCAGGAUCUGGAAAUCUGAAGGUCCUCCAACUCUGUCGUUUUAUGCACAAGAAGACUGGUGGGGAGAUGAACUAUGGGUUCCACAUGGCACAUCAUAUGGCUCUUGGACUUCUUUUUUUGGGAGGAGGAAGGUAUUCUCUGAGCACUUCAAAUUCUUCUAUUGCUGCUCUUCUUUGUGCUUUGUAUCCCCACUUCCCAGUUCACAGUACUGACAACAGAUAUCACCUGCAGGCCUUGAGGCAUUUGUAUGUGCUGGCAGCAGAGCCCAGGCUCCUUGUGCCCAUGGAUGUGGAUACAGACACCCCUUGCUAUGCACUGCUAGAGGUUACAUACAAGGGAACUCAGUGGUAUGAAGAAACAACUGAAGAGCUAAUGGCACCUACCCUUCUCCCGGAACUUCAUCUGUUGAAACAGAUCCGAGUGAAAGGUCCACGGUACUGGGAACUACUGAUAGAUCUAAGCAAAGGCGUUCAUCAUUUGAAAUCAAUUCUUUCCAAGGAUGGUGUCCUCUAUGUCAAAUUGAGGGCUGGGCAGCUUUCAUACAAGGAGGAUCCAAUGGGUUGGCGUAGUUUGCUGGCACAGACUGUCACUCACCGAAAUGCAGAUGCUCGGGCUUUCAAGCCAGAAGCCAUUUCUGCUUUCACAUCUGAUCCUGCGUUGCUUUCAUUUGCGGACUACUUUUGCAAACCAUCUGCAAAUAUGGGGCAGAAACUGGAGGUGUUUGACCUCUUCUCGUCUAUACUAUACGAGUGUGUAACUCAGGAGAAUCCAGAGAUGCUCCCAGCUUACAUAGCAAUUGACCAGGCUGUGAGAAGAUUAGAAAGAAGAGAAAUGUCUGAGACAUUUGAUUUGUGGCAGAUAAAGUUGGUUCUAGAAUUUUUUAAUUCCAGAAGUCAUCAGGACAGAGUGAGGAAGAACCCACACCGAGGGCUUUUCAUGAACUCUGAGUUUUUACCUGUGAUGAAGUGUUCUAUUGAUAAUGCCUUGGACCAGUGGCUUCAAGUUGGUGGUGAUGUCUGUUUGCACUCCUAUUUAAGUGGGCAGCCAACUGAUGAGUCUCAGCUCAGCAUGUUAGCCUGCUUCCUUGUAUACCAUUCUGUCCCAACUCCAGGGCAGCUGUUUGCUGGAGGUUUGGAAGGUAGUACAAGCUUUUCUGAAUUGCUGUUGAAAUUCAAGCCAUUGAAACUGCCGGUCCGUGCACUGCUAAGACUUGCUCCUGUGCUCCUGGGAAAUCCACAGUCAAUGGUUUUGUGAAGAAAAGAUUAUGAAUUUAACACAACCAAGUGACCAAAAUGCCAGUACCAGUGCAGUAUUUGACCUUGAAUGGAAGAUGUGUCUGAGCUCAGACUACAGCUAAUACAUUUUUUCAUUCCCUUUAUAUGUUUUGAGAGUGCCAGGGAGAGGUUUAUAUAUUGUUGGAUGAUCAAUGUGUCCAUGCAAAUUAAUACAUUUAGUUUUUGUAAAUAAAGCUUGUUUGCAAAAAAACAAA